AUGCAAGUCAGGGAUCGUUAUCCAUCGCUUCCUAGAAAGCCUGUCUUUAUCUGGAUUGAUUCCAUCUGCAUCAAUCAGGGUGAUAACGACGAGAAGUCAUAUCAGGUUGCCAUGAUGGGCGAUAUAUUUACCAAAGCAUCCAAGGUACUGGCUUGUGUCGGGCCUCACCAAGAUAACAGCCAAAUAAUUCGCAAUUCCUUGAACAGUAUCAAGACACUGAGUCCGAACCUGUACUACCGUGCGGAAACAGGGUUUUCAGGCCCCGGAACCGAGGACGAUUAUUUUCUUCACCAGGAUUUUGACAAGUUUGAAGAACUGUUCCUCCUACAGUCGCAACUUUCAGGCCGUGAGUUCUAUACUCAAUUCAGGCACGCCUUCUCUACUUUUGCCAAUCGGAGAUACUGGAGACGGCUUUGGAUCAUCCAGGAAGUCGUGGCAUCAACCAGAAACGAUGGUCAGUUAGAAAUACUUUGCGGCUUGGAUAGCUUUUCAAGGUCCGAGAUGGGAAUAUGCGACUUUAUCUGCCGAGCGACCUACAAAGAAUCGAAUAUGACUUCGUGGGGCCAGGAGCCAGUCUCUAGAGAGGAACUAGGUUUGUAUUGUUGCCGAUUUGUCUUGGCCUCACACGCAUCAUCACCUAUACCAGCUCAUAUGCUACUCGAAAGGUCAAAGCCUUUCGGAUGCGCAAGACUAGAGGAUAAAGUCUUUGGAGUAUUGCCCAUGAUCCAGUGGCCAACAGGUGUUCCACCCGUUCAGCUUGUUUAUGAACCCUCUCCGAUUUUAGACCUAGCGCAGUUAUUCACCAGCAUUGUGAAAUCGCCGAGGACAGAUAUAUGGGCGGUUCUUAACGCAUUGGAGCUUUCACACGAUCAUAAGCUCUUGAGGCCCCUGGUGGAAGCGAGACUGAAGAGCCUGCCUCAGCCCCUUGGUCGUGGCAAGUACCCACCGAUGUCAUUCAAAUUCAAAUCAACUUUCAUGACAAUAUUUCAAAACACUUGCGGUCAGCUUUCUGCCGGUCUGGUUCGUAAUCCUUAUCAACUUCCGAAAAGUUCCGAUCAGAUUGAAGCUGAAUGUAAAAGGGCUCUUGAAGGAACAAUACAGCUAUUUUGCGGUUCUGAAAUCUGUGCGUUACUCUGCUGUGAUGCUCAAAAAGGCGACAGCAUCAUCAAGGUGCCAGUCAUUGGUGAAUUACUGGUGUUGAGGCGCAGUGCGGAAGUAAACGAGUACAACAUUGUUGGCCAAGGUCUGUUGCUUUCUAAUCACGAACUUCCAUCUUGUCGUUCAAUGGUGUCUAUAGAAGACGCGCUCAAAGAUAUCCAGACAUAUGGGGAGGAUAGUUUCACUUCCUGCUGUGAAAUAGAGGCUGAGCCCAUCGAGUUUAUAGUGUUGGAGCGGCAGGAUCGCGGAAUCGAGGGGUCACGCAUUGAGGGGAAGAAAGUGGAGAGGUUGGCUACUAAGAUAUAUGGCACAGUCAGGUUGAUCGACUAG